UGUUUCGGAGGAGGUAAGAUAACAACAAUCAUGGCGUCGAUAGCUCGCUGUCUGCUCAGAACGGGACAAACUACCGCAAAAGUUGUUAGCAGAGAAUACCUCAACAAUGCCAGGUCCCUGUCCAGUUUGGCAGAUCUCCCAGAAACACACAGCAUGCUGCAGAAAAGUUGCAGGGAUUUUGUUGAUAAUGAAUUGAUGCCCAUUGCUGCAAAGUUAGACAAAGAACACUUAUAUCCAAAAGAUAUAAUAAAGAAGAUGGGGGAGCUGGGAUUGAUGGCGGUUGAUGUCCCCCAUGAGGAGGGAGGGACAGGACUGGACUAUCUAGCCUACGCCAUUGCUAUGGAGGAAAUCAGCAGGGGAUGUGCUUCUACAGGGUGUAUCAUGAGUGUCAAUAAUUCCCUUUACCUUGGACCAAUAAAUAAGUGGGCCACAGCAGCACAAAAAGAAGUUUUUCAGGAGCCUUUUUUACACGGAGACAGAGUAGGGUGUUUUGGUUUAAGUGAACCAGGUAAUGGCAGUGAUGCCGGGGCAGCGUCUACGACGGCUCGCCUGGACGGAGACUCCUGGGUGUUAAACGGAACCAAGGCUUGGAUCACGAAUGGUUAUGAGGCAGAGGCAGCCGUGGUCUUUGCAACCACAGAUAAAAGUAAGAAACACAAGGGAAUCAGUGCCUUCCUCAUACCUAAGCCCGUCCCCGGACUCUCCCUGGGUAAGAAGGAGGAUAAGCUAGGGAUCAAGGCUACCUCCACUUGUUACCUCAUCUUUGAAGACUGCAGGAUUCCACGGGAAAAUCUUCUGGGGGAAGAAGGAUUUGGGUUCAAAAUUGCCAUGCAAACUUUGGAUGCUGGCAGAAUCGGUAUUGCAGGCCAGGGUUUGGGGAUAGCCCAGGCUGCAUUUGAAUGUGCUAUAGAUUAUGCUCAGAAGAGAAUGGCUUUUGGAAACCCUAUUUCAAAGAUGCAGACAGUUCAGUCCAAGCUGGCAGACAUGGCUCUUCAGAUCGAGAGUUCCCGACUCCUAACAUACAAGGCAGCACUUCUGAAAGAUGCUGGAAAACCAUUCUCUAAAGAGGCAGCUAUGGCCAAACUGGCAGCGUCAGAGGCUGCUACAUUCUGUAGUCACCAG